CCUGGGAGUGAUUUUUUGGAGGGAUUAUCUAUAUUUUCCUCUUCACUCUUCCCGUUUGUCUCUGCCUGUGAAUCCCCUUUCCUGUUCCAACAGGAAAACCUAUUCUCUUUCGUCCCAUAUACGAAAGAGAGGUCUAGCGGGGGAUAGCACUGCAUCGAGCCGAAUCAAGUUCCUUAUCCUCUUCCAACAUGAACGAUCUUUUAUCGGGUUCGUUUGAGAACCGCAGCGAUCCUAUAAUUGGGAAUGGAGAUAUUGAACUUGGAAUUCAUAGACCAAUGAACUUGGACGAACUUCACCUGGAUAGUUUUAAUAAGCAGGUUGGAGAAAUCGAGAAAGAAUAUGAUAAGGUUAAUAAGUAUCUCAGAAAACUUCAGGAAGCCCAUGAGAACUCAAAGGUUGUAACAAAGGCUUCUGCAAUGAAAGCAAUUAAGCAGCAAAUGGAGAAAGAUGUUGAUGAAGUUCUAAAAAUUGCUCGAUCCGUAAGAAGAAAAAUUGAGGAGAUUGACAAAGAGAAUUUAACCAGCAGAAACAAACCUGGAUGUGGCAAAGGAUCAGCUAUUGACAGAUCAAGAUCUGCAAGAACAAUUGCAAUGAAAAAGAAGCUCAAAGACAAGAUGAUGGAAUUUCAGACUUUAAGGGAAACCAUCCAUCAAGAAUACCGUGAGGUUGUUGAGAGACGCGUGUUCACAGUUACGGGAAAUCAAGCUGAUGAAGAGACAAUUGACAGGUUGAUAGAGACUGGGGACGGUGAACAAGUAUUCCAGAAUGCUAUUAGGGAACAAAGAGGGAAAGGCCAGAUAAUGGACACCCUUGCAGAAAUCCAAGAGCGACAUGAUGCAGUAAAGGAAUUAGAAAGGAAGCUUCUAGACUUGCAACAGAUAUUCUUAGACAUGGCAGUGUUGGUUGAUGCUCAAGGGGACAUGCUUAACAACAUAGAAUCCCAGGUGAAUGCAACAGUUGAUCAUGUACAAUCAGGGAAUACUGCACUUCAGAAGGCAAAGAAGUUACAAAGGAAUUCCAGGAAAUGGAUGUGUUUCGCAAUACUCGUAUUCAUUUUAAUUGUAGCGAUCGUCGUAAUUGGUGUACUCAAGCCAUGGACCCGCAAAAAUGGCGCUUAAAUUAUCUCCUUUCGCCCCCACACCUGCCAUUUUAUAAAUAUGUACCAAUUAUCCUCUCACAAAAAAAAGAACCUCGUAUUUAUAUACAUCACACUAUGUUUACACAAAAGUACACUACUCUUACAGUACCUCGAUCUUGAACUAAUACACUGACACGAAUUAUUUGUGGAAUCGCACAUAAAGUUUUAAUCUCUGAUUAAAAACGACAAGUGUUUGGCUUGAGUGGCAGGAGGACCAUCCCUAAGGAUUUCGGGUGGGAAAGCUCAUCCAGGUUUGAUUUGAACUCCAUCCAAGGUCUUGAUUUUCUAUGUUUCAAUUGAGAAAGUACGUAUGAAAAGAUAUUAUAUUGUAAUAUAGGCAAUAGUGCAAAAAGUGUUGUGGUGGGGUGAUGUAUUGGUCAUUUCUCUUACACUAAAGCUUCCCUGCUAAA